AAAAAACCACAAAAAUAAAAUAAUGAGUUGGGGGAAGCCAAUCUGAGUUGGAGUCUAGUUUUCCACUUCCCAGUCUUACAGAAACAGGAUUUGAGUUAAAGGAAUCGAUUAAUGGCCGCACUUCGCAUCGCAAAUAGAAUCAUAAAUUAUCAUCAUAAUCUCUUAUACAACAAUUACCAGUACCGUUCAAUUUCCACUACGGUUCACCUUCAGAGUUCAUGGAUGGACAAGGUCAAAAACGUCUUCACAGGCCAAAAAUCCGAAGGAGCACCACCAGACGCAUCUCAAUUCACCUUACUCAAUUUUGCCGAUGAAAUGAAGAAAGCAAGAAAAGUUGGUGCGUUUAAAGAGUAUAUAGUUGGACGAAGUAGCGAAGUUACUUUUUCUACUGCCAUUGAGAAAUACGAAGUCAUUAUUCGAUAUCUCGCAGCUUUCGAUUACACAGGAGAGAACUUGACGACGAAUCAAAAACAUGAAGCUGCGAAACAUUGUAAUUGCACAAUUGCUGAAGUGGAGAAUGCACUUGCAAAGUUUACUUGGGCUAAAGAAGCACACAAGAAGAUUCAAAAGUUAAACCAAGAAGGAAAACCCAUGCCUAAAAAUAUGGCUGAACUACAAAAGAUGGUCGGUACAAAUCCUAUGGACAUUGCUAAGUCUAAUUUGGCUAAAAGUGGACAAGUUAGCAGGAAUGCCCUCUGUCCAUGUGGUUCAAAGAAGCGAUAUAAAAGGGGCCGGCGUUCGAACCUCGGACUCCCCACUUAUUUCCCUUAAAAGGUGCUGUGGAAAGGAUUGAAAGAAUUCAGAGGCCAAGUAUUAAACUGCAAGGAAGCCUUGACCGAAUGGGAUCUACACUCAUAGUGUUUUAUCUGGUUCAGAUCAAAGCUGCUCAAUGCACUAGACUGCAGACAUGGUUAUAAUAAUCAAAUGUUAGGAUAAGAUAUUUUUCCAAAUAGUUGCUUGAGAUUGUUAGUCUACAAUUUUGGGGGUAUAUUUAGGUAGAACUAAACAGAAUAUUUUUGUUCAGUUGAAGAGUAAUUAGUUAGUUAGUUCUAUUCUUACCCUUAAGCCUUAAUAAAAGGCAAGAAGCAAAAUUGUUAAGGCAGGAUUUAGUGAUAGUUGAAGAUCCUCUCCAUUUGGCAAAAUAAAUGGAGUUUUGCAAGUUGGAGAGAGAUAAACACAAAAAAUAUGGUGGGUCCCACCACUAAAUGGGUCCCACCAUCAUUAAUUAUAUUUUACUUUUUCCAAGAUUUUAUGUGUUUUAUCUCUCCAAAUUGAAGAAAUAGAGAAACACAUAAAUGGAGAGGAUCCUAACACGGAUUUAGUUUAUGCUCUUUAAUCUCACUCUUUUCAAUUUAUUUGAUCCGUAGUGUAAUCUUGUUUUGAAAAUUAACAGAUUUCAAUUUCAGCUCAUUUACUUUUGAUUUUCAAAUA